AUGAGCUCCUCGAACAGUCGCAUGACUGGUUUGGAGACCCUACAACAAUUAGAAAAGUUGAACAACAACCCCGCAACCGAAAGCCACAGUUCUGGGAAUGAGUCUGAGACAGCAGACGAUGCUCAAGAACCGUCUAUUUUAAGCCUCAGGGGCUCUGACCGUAUCUUCCCCAUUCGAUCAACCGUCUGUGUCAACCCGAGUGCCAGUCAAGCUGAGCCAACAUCACUUCAUGACAGCAAGCCAGAGAGAGGGGUUGAUAUCAAGGGUGGGACCGCAGAGGUCCUCCGAGAGUCCCCUUCAGCUACGACCGAUAUCAACUCUUGUGAUAACUCCUCGCCCAGGGAUCUAAGCUCUUGCCCAGACCAUCAGCCCCGAGACCUCUCCGACGAGCCAUACCAAUAUAUAACAGCCCGACAUGAGCAUGUGGUGACAAAAGAUGGACAUGGUGUGACCGUUGGACAAGACAGACAAAUCCUGCAGCGCUGCGAAGAUGAACCAAUCCGAAUUCCGGGCGCAGUCCAGAGCUUUGGAGUGAUCGUUGCGUUACGAGAAGAGGCACCUGAUCAGCUAGUGGUGCGUGUGGUUAGCGAAAACUCAGAGCAUUUAAUGGGAUAUUCACCUCAGCAAUUGUUUGCGUUGCGCAGCUUCUCUGAUAUCUUGCCUGAAAAACAUGCCUCCACCUUUACAGAGCAUCUAGAUUAUGUACGGGAUGAUGGGCAUGAUAUGGAUGCCGAAGGGCCUGAGGUCUUUCUUCUACCGAUCCUCCCACCAUCUGGUGAUGCAUGUCGCUUCUGGUGCGCUGCUCACCUCAGUCAAGAGAAUAAAGACAUCAUCAUCUGCGAGUUUGAGCUCGAGGAGGAUCACGUCAAUCCGUUAAAUGUUGAAGACCAAUUAUUGGGACCCACAACCCCAGGUGCAACUCCGACAAGCGAAGCCCCCGCCAGCUUCCUAGGCGUCAAACCUACUCCAACUCAGUUCGCCACGAGUACAGUGAGCUCAAGCCAGUCAUUGAGAGCCCUUCGUCAUGCUCGCCGCCGGAAGGGCGAAGCCGCUGCAAUGCAAAUUUUCGAUACCAUAUCUCCCAUACAGAAGCAGCUGAGCCUGGCAGAUGAUUCGGAACAGUUACUUCAAAUCGCUGCAGGUCUAAUCAAGGAGUUGGUUGGUUUUCACCGUGUUUUGGUAUAUCAAUUUGAUGGUGAUUGGAACGGUCAAGUUGUGGCCGAGUUAGUGGAUCCUCAGGUAACGAUAGAUCUUUUCAAAGGUCUUCAUUUCCCUGCCUCUGAUAUACCACCGCAAGCCCGUGAGCUCUACAGGAUUAAUAGGGUUCGUCUACUCUAUGAUCGGGAUCAUCCAACCUCUCGACUAGUAUGUCGGUCCUUGGAAGAUCUCGAAACGCCCUUAGACAUGACCCACUCUUACUUGCGUGCCAUGUCACCAAUCCACACCCUUUAUCUGGCUAAUAUGGGAGUACGCUCAUCGAUGUCAAUUAGCAUCAAUGCAUUUGGCAAUCUUUGGGGCCUGGUCUCAUGCCAUUCGUAUGGCACCGCAGGCAUGCGUGUAUCUUUUCCGAUCCGCAAGCUGUGCCGCCUUGUGGGCGAUACAGUGGCGCGAAACAUUGAAAGAAUCGAUCAUGCGGCCAAGCUGCAGAUACAGAAGUUCGCGAAUGCUAUCCCGAAGGAGACAAAUACCGCAAAUUGCAUUGUUGCAUCCUCAGACGAUUUACUGCGGUUCUUAGGUGCCGACUGUGGCAUCCUCUCGAUUGGGAAGGAAGCAAAAGUUCUUGGGAGAAAUUUGAACGCAGAUGACUCCUCCCAAGAAAUGCUUGCGCUGCUUGAAUUUCUUCGCGCACGACAAGUGACAUCCUUGCUUGUAUCGCGAGAUUUCGCCAAGGACUUCCCUGAUUUCUGUUUUGCCCCUGGGACCAGGAAACUCUCUGGCGUGCUUUGCGUGCCGUUGUCUACGAGUGGGGAUCAUUUUAUGGUCUUCUUCCGUCGUGGUCAGCUCACUACCGUCACCUGGGCAGGUAACCCGCACGAGGCAGCGAAGCACAAACAGCUCGCCACUGGCGGCCAUCUGACACCACGGCAAAGCUUCAAAAAGUGGAGCGAAUCCCUUCUCUCCCAGUCCCGAGAGUGGUCAGCAAGCGAUCUUGCAACUGCUACUCUGCUUGGCACAGUGUAUAGCAAGUUCAUUCAAGUUUGGAACCAAAAGGAACUUAUGAAGCAAAAAUCUCGGUUUACGCGUCUGCUCGUAGCCAAUUCGGCUCACGAGAUUCGGACUCCGCUCAAUGCAAUCAUAAAUUACCUUGAACUUGCAUUGGAGAGUGGCCUGGAUGCAGAAACCCGCGAAGGCUUGGUCAAGUCACACUCCGCUUCUAAAUCUCUCAUCUAUGUCAUCAACGACCUUCUCGAUCUCACCACCACCGCGGAUGCUCAGACCAGUCAAAAACUUGUUAAAGAAGAGUCUUUCAACUUGCCGUCGAUCGUCCAGGAUGCCACAAACAUGCUAUCCGGGGAAGCCAAGCGCAAGGGUGUGGCCUUCUCCGUCUCAAUACAUCCUGGGCUUCCAGCCACUGCUAUGGGCGAUCAGCGUCGCGUGAGGCAAGUGUUUCUCAACUUGAUCUCGAACGCCAUAGAGAAUACAGAACAGGGCUACAUCAAAGUCGCAAUAUACCCUUCCAGCACGAAAAAUGCACUCGCGGAACAUGUUGCUGUAGAAAUGGCGGUUACAGACACUGGUUCGGGCAUUUCCAAAUUGAAGCGCGACAAGCUGUUCCAAGAGCUCGAGCAGGUGACUAUAGAUGACUACUACUCUGUAGAUGAAGCUGAAGGGAACUUCGCACACACAGUCGGGCAGAAGGAAGAUGUCCUGGGCCUUGGCCUUGCUUUUACAGCCCGAAUCGUCCACAACAUGCACGGUCAACUUUCUCUUAAAUCCGAAGAGGGCAAGGGCAGCCAGUUUAAGAUUUUACUUCAAUUUCGAUGUCCAGGAGAAUCAACGGCAUCUGCUUCUCUACGGAAUCUCUUGAACCAAGAUGCCAAGAGUUCGGAGCCUUCGAACACACCGGAUGCAAAGUCAUACACUUUGCUAAGUGCACCCCAUCAAAACGACGGAACAGUCAACUUGAUCAGCGUCAAGCCAAAUGAAUGUAGCGAUCCAGACCGAGCGGGCACCUCUUGGGAACAAGCGGGCCAUUCCCAGAACUCUUCACAACCUCCCCCAAAAGUCUCUGACAGCAGGAACACCCCAAUCUCACCGCGAUCUACCAGCCCGAAAUUCACCGAAGAUAACGUGGACCCUUUACAGAGGGAUGCAUCCGCCUCUGAACCCUCAUCUUAUCUGGAAGAUUCAGGGGAAAUGAUCACAGACACAAUUACGCCACUGAUUCCCCCAAAUACUGGCCCAUCUGAUUCCGCCCGAUCUAUGACUUCUGCCCGAUCAUCUGACCCUGACGCCAAGAUAUCAUCUCAAUCGCAAAGUGCACGGAGUGGCUCAUCUAUACCACGUCUAGCAUCAGAAACGACGGGCACAUCGCAAGAUUCGUCUCGUAUCAUCACGCCCGCCACGGAGCCCUCAAGCGUCUCCUCUGGUGGGAAUUUACGUGUUCUUGUUGCAGAAGACGACCCAAUCAAUAGCCAACUCGUUUUCAAACGUCUCGAAAAACUUGGUCAUACUGUCCUUCUGACCAGCAAUGGUGAAGCAUGUUUCAACGCCUUCUCUUUGAACACACAAGCGUACGAUGUCAUUUUGAUGGACAUACAGGUUGGUCCACCAAAUCCUGUUUUUACAUUCUUGCUAAUCAUACAAAUCUCCCAGAUGCCGGUUGUUGAUGGAUGGUCCUCGAUUAAAAUGAUACGUGGGCUAGAAGCCAAAACUUCUGGGUCCGAGUCCGAGGCGUCCGUUCAGCUCAGACACAUUCCAAUAUUUGCGGUCUCAGCGUCUAUCGUGCAAUCAGAUAAGGACAUUUACAUGAAUCACGGAUUCGAUGGAUGGAUCAUGAAGCCUAUCAAUUUCACAUGGCUUUCCGAACUCCUACGGGGCGUGACCAACCCCCAAAUCCGGCAGGAUUACAGAUCAAACCCAAGGGACUGGGAGGGCGGCGGGUGGUUCGACAACAAAGAAAUAUCUGUGGCGCUCUAG